AUGUGGACCCUACUGAUUGUACCAAUUAUAUUACACGUGGCAGUUGCAUACAAGGAUAUCACAUUCUUCAAUAAAGAAGCAUUACCAAGUAAGACUGACAGUACUUUUAUUGGUGGAUUCUCAGCUGGGAGUGAUGAGACAACAUCAUUUACAUUUGGUAGAGUAAUAAAUACAGGCACAGGGAAUGCUCUGCCAAGUGAUGUGCUUUAUGAGAACAAGAAUGGUAAUCAAAGGAGGAUAACCAUCCAAGCAGGCUCUGAUCUACCUGGUGUAUACUACUGUGAUCAUUCAGGUUUCACGAUACAAACCGUUCUAGUGGCAUCACAAGAUGGUAGUCCCACAUAUAAAGCUUUCUCCUAUCACAAAGUAAACCCUGGCGAAGAAACAUAUUUCAUCUGUGAAAUAAUUGGGAAUCCUGUGGUAGCAAAUAAUGAAAUGAAAUUCUGGAAACUGGGUACAACUGACUUCCUGUCUCCUACGCAUUAUGAUGAUAGUGACAAAUACACAGCUAUUGGAAAUUUUACUGGCGUUGUUGUUCAGAAUAGUGAUGUAUUUUGUUGUGGUGCUCCUGAUAUUGGAUAUAAUGGGUUUUCAGUUACUUUACAACUGUAUGAUCUGCCAAGGUUUCAGACUAGUAACAAGCUUCAAGUAUCAGAUAGUCAAUCUGACCAGCUUACUGUGACCUGGAACAAAUGGACUACUGAUGAUAUUGGAGAUGGACCAGUUGAAUCUUAUAAAGUAUAUUACAGAGAGAGUGGUGAGAGUGACUGGAUAUCAGGUCAAGUUAUAUCAGUCAGUGAUUCAAGUCAGAUGAGUUAUACAUCAACUAUCACAGAAUUACAGUGGUCAACUCAAUAUGAAAUUACAGUGACUGUUAAAAGACCGGGUCCACUUGGUGAAGGAGGUAAACUCGUGACAACUACAUCAACUACACUGUGUGCAAAACCAAAUUAUCCAACUAUAACAAGCAUUGCAUCAACUGGACUGAAACGAAUAACAAUUGAAAUACAGGUUUAUAUAUCGGUCAAAGCAAGUACAUCAAUUGGAUUUGGUGAGGCUGCAAGUAUUAUAAGUGGGACUAAAUUAGAAGAUGGUAGCAUCGAUGUCAUUCUACCAAUUCCAGAAGGGAGAAGCAAUUACAUAUUCAAAGAUAAAACCAUUAUAAUUGAUUUAGCGAAGCUGGCUGCAAAUACUGAUAUAAAAAGUGAUACUGAUCUAUUGCAAUAUAUCAUAGUUGUGGAAAAGAUUAAACUGAAGAAAAAACGUGGUAUAACAGACAAUCAGUAUAUAUCGGCGUCAUUUCCAUUAAAUGCAAUUCCUGAUCAACUUAUAGUGGGUGAUGGUGUAGAAUAUAAUGGCUAUCUCAAUAAACCAUUAACACACGGACAACAAUAUAUCAUAUACGACGGAUUAGCAGUUUAUACUACAGGGAAUCAGAGUGUUAUGUUGCGGGAGACGGAGCUGGCGAUGUUCACGGUUGGCAAUGUUAAUGACGGAGCUAAUCAUCUACCAAUAAUAGUAGGAUUGGUUGUUGCAGUUGUGAUUGCGGUGUUCAUUGUCGUGGUUAUAGUUAUUGUACGCCGUCGGAACACACUCAACAAACGUGAUCACCGGCAAGUAAAAGCGUCGACUAGUGUUGGAUAUGGUAUUGCAAGCUCUGAAGUAAGCAUCACAACAGCUGAGACAGUUUAUGAAGAUAUUUCAUCUUUGGAAGAUAAAAGAUAUCAAACCUUGGGAAAAGUCCAAGAAAUCAACUACCAGAAUGCUACAGAUAAUAAGACAGAAAUUGCGUAUAAGGAUAUCACCUUAUUUAGUAUGAAAGCAUUACCAAGUAAGACUGCGAGUACUGUCAUUGGUGGGUACUCAGCUGGUAGUGAUAAGUCAACCUCAUUUACAUUUGGUAGAGUAAUAGAUACAGGUGCAGGGGCUGCACUACCAAGUGGCGUGUCUUAUCUAAACCAGGGUGGUUAUGCAAGGAGGAUGACCAUCCCAGCAGGCUAUGAUCUACCUGGUGUAUACUACUGUGAUCAUUCAGGUUUCAGGUUACAAACCGUUCUAGUGCCAUCACAAGCUGAAAUAUACCCAGAGAGUCAAACCAAGACAGUGAGUUGGGGAGAUGAUGUAACACUGAAAAUGACCAUACAAUCAGCAUCAAUAUCAGAAUCACAAUUGAAAUGGAAACAUAAUGGUGUGGAUAUAGAAGCAUGGAAUGGACAAAGUAGUAUUACUAUUACAUCAGCUAAACCAUCAGAUGCUGGAAUUUAUGAAUGUUAUACUACUCAAAAACAACGACAAGACGGACUAAAUGGUUUUAUGAGACUAAUUGUUAGACGUUGUCCUAAUGGUAAAUAUGGUGAUACAUGUCUAGAUAACUGUCCUACAUGUUAUAAUGGAGGAAUAUGUAAUGCCGACACUGGAGAAUGUAUAUGUCCACCAGGAUUUACAGGAGAUGACUGUAAUACAGGUUGUGCACGAGGCUAUUGGGGAAAGUCAUGUGAGCGCAAAUGUUCAAUUAUUAAUACAGCUAUAGCUUGUACAGGAAGGAUGUUCUGUGUUUCUGAUCCAUAUGGAUGUUCAUGUCUUGCAUCACAUGGAGGAUUAGAUUGUCAAACAGAAG